AUGCAGCACGAUGAAAUGAUUUGGUCGGUGAUCAAUCAUCAAUUUUGUUCCUUUAAAACGACAAUUGGUAAGGCUUUGUCCGACAAGACUCAUUUCUGUCGCCAUCCGUACUCGGUAACUGGUUUAUGCAACCGUACAUCGUGCCCAUUGGCCAACAGCAAGUAUGCGACGAUCCGGGAGGAAAAUGGACGGAUUCAUCUAUACAUGAAAACAGUAGAACGAGCACAUUCUCCGAAGAACCUUUGGGAAAAAAUUGUCUUGUCGCGCAAUUACGGCAAGGCAUUGGCGCAGCUUGAUGAGCACUUGCAGUUUUUCCCAAAAGUGCUGAUGCACAGAAACAAACAACGAUUAACAAAAAUUCAUCAGUAUUUGAUUCGAAUGCGAAAAAUUGAGCUCAAGGUGAGGUCAGGUCGGAAAGCCAAAAUGGUGGGGGUCCAUCGAAAGAUCGACCAACGAGAGGAGCGUCGAGAACGCAAGGCUUUGGUGGCUGCGAAGAUUGAAAGAAAUAUAGAAAAGGAAUUGACGGAGCGUCUUGCUAAGGGUACUUACGGCGAUAUAUAUAACUUCCCGGAAACAAGCUAUCAAAAGGCGCUAGAAACCGCUGAGGAAAACGAAGAGGAAACGGAGGCUGAGUCAGAAGAAGAGGAAGAGGACGGUUUGAUGGAGUAUGUAGAAGACCUAGAUUCAGAGGAAGAGGACGAAAUAGAGGAUGACAUGGAAGAUAUUGACUAUUUGGGAGGCGGACAAUGGGGACAGGCAUCCGAUAGUGAUGAUGGCGGUGAUUCGAAAGUUGACGACCAUGAUCAGGAUACUGAUGACAAUUCCGAAGACAAUGAUAGAAAGCUGAAAAAGAAGGCAAGAAGGCGAGGACCACGUGUUGAAAUUGAAUACGAGGACGAGCAGGAAGGGAAUGCUCCGAUGGCUGCCGAGACGGCUUGGUAAUUCACAGGGCCACAAACAUCACUUUGUUGUUUAUUCUAAACAAUUCUAUAUCUAGAGU